AUUAAAGAAAUGGAGUACGAACCCACACUCGCAAAUCUUUAUGAGAACAAAGAGUACAAAUGGAUCUUUGUUGGCGGAAAAGGAGGAGUUGGAAAGACCACAACCAGCUCAAGUAUCGGUGUCAGGAUGGCAAAAGAAAGAGAAAGUGUCCUCAUUAUCUCUACCGAUCCAGCCCAUAACUUGAGUGAUGCCUUUGACCAGAAAUUCUCGAAUACUCCAGAACAAGUGAAUGGGUUUGAAAACUUAUACUGAAUGGAAGUUGACCCUGCCAAAUCAACAGAAGACAAUGCAUUCCUUAAGAGUAUCGGAGUUGAUGAUGGAGAGGGAGAAGGAAACUUGAUUGGGGAUAUUCUAAGCUCAGUCCCAGGAAUCGACGAAGCUACUAGCUUUGGACAAGUCAUUCAGAUGGUUGACAGUCUUAAAUUUGAUUUGGUCAUCUUUGAUACUGCUCCAACUGGACAUACCUUGAGACUCUUGAAUUUCCCGAAUAUUCUCGAUAAGGCUUUAGUCAAACUCGUACAGCUUAAAGAAAAGGUGGGACCACUUCUUGGUCAACUAACAAGCAUGAUGGGGGGAGGAGAUUCAAGUGGUGGAGGAAUUUCUGCAAUUUUUGAUAAAGUUGAAGAUGUCAAGAAGUCCAUCCAAACAGUUAACGAUCAGUUCCAGGAUCCUAAAAAGACUACUUUUGUUGCUGUAUGCAUCCCUGAGUUCCUUUCCCUCUUCGAAACAGAGCGUCUUGUCGUUGAACUUGUAAAAUUUAAGAUAGACAUUCAAAAUAUUGUUGUAAAUCAAGUACUGUUUCCAGAAAAAGAUUCCUCCUGUGGAAAGUGUAAAGCUAGAUCUAAAAUGCAGAACAAAUAUUUGAGCCAGAUAGAUGAUCUCUAUGAUGACUUCCACGUGGUCAGGACACCUCUACUAGACCAAGAAGUAAGAGGAAUUGAGAAUUUGAGUAAUUUCCAGAGUUUGCUUUUUGAUGGUUAUUGUCCUGAAGAAUAACUUUAAAUUAGCCAUAAUUAGCCAACUUAUUUACCCAA